CCGGGCCCCCGCCCCGGCCCCAUGUCCGCCUACCACUGGGAGGCCCGGCGCCGGCAGCUGAUGCUGGAGCGCAGGCGGCGGAACCAGCUCCUCCAGCAGAAGGCGGAAGAAGCCGCCAAGAAGGCGCCGGAGCAGAGGCCUGAAAUCAACCCCCCCGCGCUGCAGCCCCAGAAGCCCCCCCCGCCAGAAGUCACCUGCUCCUGCCAGUGCUGCCCAUGCAAGUGUCAUUACGUGACGAUAAGCAGCGCAAAACUGCCACGUAGAUUCUCAGCUGUGCAAUACAUACAACAAUGGUAAUGACCGAGUAACCAGCAGCGCAGGAAUGACUCGUCGCCUAGUAACAUGCCUUUAAGCACCAAGGAGAUCCAGAUAAGUGCAGCUGAAUCCAACACCAUAACGAAGCCAUCAGCAUGAAGAACACAUAGGACCUGCCGGCCACUUCCCAUUAGGGGCUGUAACCCUUAAUGUGUAAUAAACUCUCCACACCCACAGAA